AUGAUGAACAAGUUGUUUAACCGAUGGGACGUCCUUCUGGUGGUGGGCAGUUUCCUGCUGUCCGCCGCUUCCGGGCAUCGUCGAGAUGUUUCUCAAAAUCGAGGCUUUACUCCAAGAGCGUUGGAGGAUAUGCGAGCUAUGUCUCUCUACGGCAGGGAUACCCCAGUGGCAGACCGACAGUAUUACACCAAUGCGACCAAGAAAUACUAUGUUGAGUCAUUGCCCGACAUCCCAAAGAACUUUAUGACCGAGAUGUACUCGGGCGUUAUCCCACUCAACAUGUCCGACGAUAGCCGUGGCAUGUUCUUCGUCUACCAGCCUCGUGUUGGUCCACCGGUCGAAGAGAUCACUAUUUGGUUCAAUGGCGGUCCAGCUCUCUCGAAGGGUUUCUUCAAGAGAAUGGCCGAAUUCAAUGGUCUUGGGGACAGGACACACAGAUACUUGAUGCUAAGCAAAAGCAGAUACGCACCGGGAAUCAACCCCUAUUCAUGGGUAAAUCUAACCAACAUGUUAUGGGUGGAAUAUCCGAUCGGCGUGGGGUUUUCACGAGGCGAGCCGACCGCCACGAAUGAAGAAGAACCUGCUGCUGAAUUCAUCGAGUUCUUCCGCAACUUCCAAACGAUUUUCAACAUCAGCAACUAUAAGAUUUACGUCACGGGUGAAAGCUACGCUGGCCGAUACGUCCCGUAUGUUGCGAAUGCAAUUCUCGAUCAGAACGAUACUACGCAUUUUAAUCUCUCAGGUGCUUUGGUCUACGAUCCGUGCAUCGGGUCUUACGACUAUUCCAACGCCAUCGCGAUAUACCCGUGGAUUCAACAGAACAACAACAUCAUGGGGUUCAACAGCACAUUUGUCGAUCUUCUCGCCCAACGUGACCAGAGCUGUGGCUACUCGCAGUAUCGCGAGGACUUCUUGCAAUUCCCGCCCAAUGGCACGCAACCACCCCUCUAUCUCAAUUCGACGGCCGACCCUGACUGCGACCUGUGGGAUCUCGUGUAUGACAGCGCUUACAGCGUCAAUCCAUGCUUCAACGUCUACGAACCGAACCUACAGUGCCCCUUACUCUCCGACCCUCUCGGGUUCCCCAGCGAUCUAAUCUACUCAUAUCCUGGAUUGCCGCCGUACUUCAACCGCACCGACGUGAAGAAAGCUUUGCAUGUUCCUGUGGACAGUGACUGGGCACUAUGCACCGGACCAGUGUUUGUAGGUGAAGGCGGUCCACAGGAUCUGGGAGAUUUGAGCCUCGACCCAAUUCAGGCCGUGCUACCCAGAGUCAUUGAAGCUACAAAUCGUGUCUUGGUGUCCAAUGGUGCCCUAGACAUGGAUCUCCUCUUGAACGGGACCAUGCUCGCCAUCCAGAACAUGACAUGGAACGGGCAGCUCGGCUUCCAGACGGCGCCUUCGAAGCCCAUCAUCAUCAACAUCCCGGACAUCCAGUACCAGCAAGUCUUCACCGACAGCGGUUUCGACGGCUUCGACGUCCACCAAGGAGUCAUGGGCGUGCAGCACUUUGAGCGUGGGCUGAUGUGGGCCGAGACCUAUCUCAGCGGCCACAUGCAACCCCAGUUCCAGCCGCGGAGCUCGUAUCGGCACCUGCAGUGGCUGCUGGGAAGAAUUGACGCACUUUGA